AUGCUCCAAAGGGGCCAAGACAUAUCUCUAGAGAGGCAGAAGCCUGGUGCGGCGCAGCACAUUUGCUCAAGUGGAGACCUCGGGCCUGGACGUGAACUCGCUGCCUUCUCCCCUCGCCCCAGCGGGCGGUGGGAGCUCCGAGGCCCCAGCGCCCACAGAACGGCCUCCUCGGAGCUCCAGCGGCGGCCCGCCCAUCGGCCACCGCUCGCUACCGUCCUUCCCGCGGCCCUCUCCUCCCCCACGGCACAGGAGGCCACGCUUCUAUCCUCCUGCCACUCACUUCGCCCGGGAUCCCACGUAGCAGCCGCCCACGAUCAUCCGCAGACCAUAGCGACUUUUAUUUCCCAGAACGCUCUGUGCCCGACGCGCGACCCCCGAAGACCCGGAAGUAAAACCCCAGCGCUGCAACCGUCCUUCAGAGGAGGCGGCGACGACCAAUCGGCAGCGGCCAAGACCAACAACUAUUCCCAGAAUCCAAAUUGCACCAUAAUGAUAUUUCGUCCAACCAAAGACCAGUUUAAUGAUUUUGAAAAGUAUAUUGCCUACAUGGAGUCCCAGGGUGCUCACCGAGCUGGGCUCGCCAAGGUCAUCCCACCCAAAGGAUGGAGAGCCAGGCAGUCCUACGACAACAUCAGUGACAUCUUAAUAGCCGCUCCCCUGAAGCAGCUGGUGUCUGGGAAGGCAGGUGUCUUCACACAAUAUCACAGAAAGAUGAAAGCCAUGACAGUGGGGCAGUAUCGCCACCUGGCCAACAGCAAAAGAUGUCGGCCCCCACCUCACCGGAAUUUUGAAGAUUUGGAGAGAAAAUACUGGAAGAACCGCCUCUACGAGUCACCACUUUAUGGCGCUGACAUCAACGGAUCCUUGUUUGAUGAAAACACUGAGCACUGGAACCUUGCACACCUGGGGAGCAUUUUAGACCUCCUGCAGCAGGAAUGCGGAGUGGUGAUCGAGGGCAUCAACACGCCCUACCUGUACUUCGGCAUGUGGAAGACCACCUUCGCUUGGCACACGGAGGACAUGGACCUGUACAGCAUCAACUACCUGCACUUCGGGGAGCCCAAGACGUGGUAUGCUGUGCCCCCUGAGCAUGGGCAGCGCCUGGAGCGCCUGGCCAGGGAGCUUUUCCCUGCCAACUCCCGGGCCUGCGAGUCCUUCCUGCGGCACAAGGUGGCGCUCCUCUCUCCCAGCGUGCUCCAGCAGAAUGGCAUCCCCUUUGGCCGCAUGACCCAGGAGGCUGGAGAGUUCAUGGUCACCUUCCCCUAUGGCUACCACGCUGGCUUCAACCAUGGCUUCAACUGCGCGGAGGCCACCAAUUUCGCCACCGAGCGGUGGAUCGACUAUGGCAAGGUGGCCUCUCAGUGCAGCUGUGGGGAGGCCAGGGUCAGCUUCUCCAUGGACGCCUUUGUGCGCAUCCUGCAGCCUGAGCGCUAUGAGCUGUGGAGGCGCGGCCAGGACCGGGCGCUUGUGGACCACGCCAAGCCACUGGACGGAAGCUGA